GUGCUGCUGCUGCUGCUGCUGCUGCCGCUGCUGGUGGUACUGUGGCGGUUUGCUGUUUCCUCCAUUUUCUGCUCCUACGCACACACGACGCAAGGGGGAGAGAGUUCGACCAACCAACGCCGAACGAUGCCGAAGCAGGUUUGGCUGGCCGUGCUCACCGCGUGCCUGAGUUUGCUCAAACCUUUGGUGCUGCUCGUUUCCUGCUUAGCUUCAGCGUUCGCUUUCAGUCACUGCUCGAUACCUGUGCCGUCCGCAUCCCGCUGCACGCGCGUUGGUGUGUUGCUUUGUUUGUUUUGUUGUUCGUUGCUGCUGCCUGCUGGUGCUAUCGCGCGCGGUACGUUCGUGCGCUUGCUCCCGCUAGUGUUGUGUGCAGUGAUGCAGUGGAAAGAUCGUACGAUGAUCGAUUAAACCGAUCGAGGUGCGUUGUUAUGUGCCAUUGAGUGCAAAACAACAAAAAAUAAUAAAAAGCUAACCAUGAAUUGAAAAGUGAACGAAUCAGUGAGUGACGCAUACAAAACUGCCCCAAACUAGACGUGCGGUUGUAAAAGAAAAAAAAGAAGAAGAAAAAAACAAUUUGCAAUUCGUUGCACUCGUCGGCGGUGCCAAUCUAGUGCAAUUCGCCCGUAGUAUAAUGUUGAUUGGAUCUGCGAUCGGUAGUGAGUUCGCCCAAUUACCGAGUGCCCCGUGGAGCAUGGAACCUCCGAGGGCUCCACUGCCCGGUCAAGGAUCGCUUCCACCUCCGCCCCCGACGCUGCAGCUCUCGCCGACCGUCGGCCUCUCACCUAACCUGCCCUCGCCCGGCUCGGUACAGCCGACGACGAAUCUGUUCGGUGCCGCGGCGGCUGCUGCCGCUGCCGGCGCGGCCGGUACCGCCAACGCACACGCCCUGGCCGGGCUGGUGUCGCAACACCGGCUGCUCGAGCUGUCCCGCUUCGGUCUGCGCGGCUAUGAUCUGGCGCAGCAUAUGCUCACCCAGCAGGGGGCCGUCUCGAAGCUGUUGGGCACUCUAAGGCCACCGGGACUGAUCGGCGGGUCCAAGCCGAAGGUGGCAACGCCGGCCGUCGUGUCCAAGAUCGAGCAGUACAAGCGGGAGAAUCCGACCAUCUUCGCGUGGGAAAUCCGGGAGCGCCUCAUCUCGGAAGGUGUCUGCACGAAUGCGACCGCCCCGUCCGUGUCCUCCAUCAAUCGCAUCCUGCGCAACCGGGCGGCUGAGCGGGCGGCGGCCGAGUUUGCCCGAGCCGCAGGCUAUGGUCUCUAUCCACCACCACCGUACGGGGGGUUCCCAUGGCCUACUCCAACCCAUCUGUGGUCUCCCGGGCAGGGAAUGCCCAACAUGUCACAGCCCGGUGGCAGCACAACACCCGGCACGAUCGGAUCUCCCGGUUCUGGGUCGCACGAAACCCUUGGAUCACCGGAUGGGAAUCGAUUAAUCGACAUUGAGGGCGAAGACUCCAACAGCCUGGACGGCGAUCAACCAAAGUUUAGACGUAACCGCACCACCUUCAGCCCGGAACAGCUCGAGGAGCUCGAGAAGGAGUUCGACAAAUCGCACUACCCUUGCGUUAGCACCCGCGAGCGGCUAGCGUCCCGCACCUCCCUCAGUGAAGCCCGCGUACAGGUUUGGUUUUCCAACAGACGGGCGAAAUGGCGACGUCAUCAAAGAAUGAAUCUUUUAAAAAGGUCCACCUCGCCGACCACCCGGGCAGCUGCGGCGGCGGGAACGGCAAGUUCCGCUUUCACCCCUGGCUCCCCGCCGCCGCCGCAGCCGCAGCAGCAGCCGCCGCCAGCGGCCGGAUCCCAGCCGCCCGGUACGAGCCCGUCGGCCCAGCUAGCGCCUUCCUCCGGUUCCCCGGGCGGUGCGGCCGCCCCUCCCCAUCACCACCAUCUUCCCCCCCAUCUGGCGGGUGUGCACCUGCCGCACCAUGCGCACCACCACCACCAUCCGCACCAUCCGCUCACCCAUCCGCACCACCAUGCGCUACAUUCGCACCACUUUCACCAGGGAGCCAGCGCGCAUCCGGGCGGCAGCCCAUCGACCGGCGGCCAGCUGGCGGGAGCCCCUCACCCCCAUCACCACCCGCACCAUCCGGGGCACCACGGGGCGCACCAGCUGCAUGCCAACCCGCCGGCCACCUCGCCGGCGGCCCAGGCCCAGGCGGCGGCCCAGGCCGCGGCCCAAGCCCUGGGAGCCCAGGCGGCGGCAGCGGUGGCAGCGGCCCAGGCAGCACAAUCAUUAGUCACAGCAUCAACUCCAUUAUUAAUGGGCGGUGAGCACAGCGCGUUCCGGUCGCUCGUGCCGACGUCGGCGGCCGCCCUCUUUGCCGGCCUGUCCCGGUCGUACGCGGCCACGACCGGCUCGUCCAACCUGGACUCGGCCAGCCCACCGCCGAGCGACGAUUCGGACGAGGAGAUCAACGUGCACGAGGACGAUUCGAACGACGAGCAGCAGCAGCAGACAGAAGGGCAGAGUGACGCGACCCGCACCACGAACGGCGGCAGCUCACGGCAGCGCCGCCGGCGGCGCUCCAGCUCCUUGGCCGCCCUGACCGACUCCUCGUCCGGUGCGGGGCUGCCGCUGCAGCUCACCAAGCACGAACGCACACCGCAACAGUGAAGCCUUACUCGCUCGCACUGAGCAGGAGGGGGAGAAGGCUAAACAGCAAAAGAAAACACAAAGGCAGCCAUGAUUACCCUCAACGGGCUGUCGCCGCCGCCAUUUCACGUACAACGAAGGGCAAACGACAGCAGCAGCAGCAAACAGCAAAGUGGGGUGUCGAUUACGCGUCGCUUUGCGGUACUGCACUCAAAAGGGGGCGCAAAAGAAAAAUGGCGUAAUCGCUUCGGCUGCAUCGCGGGAAAAGAAGCCCUGCGCGGAGCGCAUUACUGCCAGUUGCCUCCCCCUUUUUCGGACUGGGCCCUGGGGAGUGCAACACGUGUCAACCGACAACAGCGGCUCUCGAUUGGGCCCGAUCGGGACCGAACACCCAUAAUGGCGCGCACGAUAACGUGACAUGGUCUGUGUUGUGUAUGUUGUGUGUGUGUGCCUGUGUGUGAGCAAUGCAAAUUAAUCACUGUCCCCUGUCGAUAUGCGGACCGGCUCGGACGAAAGACGAAUGACCGUGCGACAGAAGCGUAAUACGAUAAUCAAUUUCCAUUCCCUACCCUUGCACUGCUGCCCCGUCAAGGUGUAAAUCAGAGCAGCCAAGGCUGCUGUUGCAUUAUUCAAUUAUAUGCUGAGGCUUCUUAUAUAAGCGAAAGGUUUCUGCGCGGUCUGAGGGAACGGUCUAAUUAAACUUACGGCUAAAUGAAAUUGAAUCCAAUCAUUCGUCCUUUACUGUGUGUAACAUAUCAACAAAGAAGAAAAGUUUUCCUUUUUUUCCUAUUUUCACUCUGUGCAUAGAUGUAUAGAGCUAACAGUAGCUAGCGCAAUUUCGUGUGUUCGUGUGUAAGUACGAUCUGUUUUGUUUGAUACCGUUUUAGAACUCAAUGCCCGAUUCGAUAUUUUCUUAAUUUUGUUAAUAGUAAAGUAAAAUUAAAUAAUGAAAAUGCGACAAAAGCAAACCCCUGCAGCAGCUGUGUAUAGUAGCUAAUCGAAUCUCGCACUCGCUCUGUUAUGGAAUUAAACUCGAAUGGAAGGUUAAGCGCAGUGCAGCAAGUGCGGCGAGAUUAGGAUGCGGCGAAAAAAAAAAAAGGAGCCCAAGAAACGAAAUACCUGUUAUGUGAUUAGGCGUUGUGGUGCAUGUGAACGCGACUUUUGCUAGAUUUGUAGUGCGUGUGAGUGUGAGAUUGUAUGAGUGCGAUUUAAUUACUUCUAUUACUACUACUACUAUUACUACUACAACUACAUCUACUACUAUAACUACUAGAACUGUUAGUCGUCUACUGCUUAGAUGUUAAAAUAAUUUAAAUCAAAACCCAUCUGCACGCUUCCACUUUCCCCACGGAUGUAUAAUUGGUUCCUUCCCCUUCGAUCGGUUUUAAAUACACCUACACCCUAGAUUAGUGGAAGCUUCUCUGACGCGACAGAGCGACACGACAGAAGCGUUCCUUUAGUGAGAUAAGCAACCCGAGAGCAAUGUAUCGAUAUUAAGGCACGUGCUAAUUUAUGACUAGUUUAAACAAUGUGAAUGCUAGAAAAUGUUCCCAAGAAAGGCAAUUUAUUUUGAACUUUAAAAUACAACUUGAAAAUAACUACUGAA